AUGCAGGCCCAGCCCGGGAGAGUCUUCCAAAGAAAUCGGAAAUUUGACUCAGCCUCCGGCAAUGGAUUUCUUCAAAACAGCUGGCUCCUGCAUCCCCGUGGGUACGGGACAAGACAUGAGAUAGACGACGAUGAUGGAGACCGUUUCGGCGCUCUACAUGGUGUAUUUGGUACACUGUGGACGGCAAGUACAUCUUAUCGGCAACCCAAUCCCUCGAAGGCAUACUAUACCCAACACAAGACAGCUGAGACGGGGGAGCUGUCCGAUAAUGCCCUUAGUAUUGGCAACCUGUUUUGGUUAUCUGUGGGGUGUAUUCCUAUAGUCAACGGGAACAUCUACUGUUUGGAAAAUGUCAGCGAGAUCGUGGAUGAAACGCACCAGCAGACACCACACGAGAAGGAAGAAAUAGGCCUCUAUGUUUCAGAUACCGUUGAUCGGCGAAAUGCUCACUUUGAGGUUGACUCCGACUACGAGACCGAGUCCUCUGAAUCCUCCGAAUCCACCAGGAGACGGAAUGCCCGGAAUAAGCGCCACAAAGCGAACUAUGUCAUCCCGGCUAGUGAACGCAGAAAUGGACGCCCAACAGAUCCCCGGGUGUUCCGUUUCAGCACUAGCACUGACCGUGUCGAAGCCCUCCACAAUGUUGCAAACAGCCUCGAAGCCACGAAUGCCCAUGGAGUAGUGUGUUCUCUUGAAGAGAUUGAGGUUCCCAACAAUGCCAAGAGCGAGCUUGAGGAGUCAGUGCGCUCAACGUACCAUCCGAUUAACGGCUCCUGGGUACGAUUAGGCAGAGUUUCCAACAGCUCUCGCCGCACCGGGAAGCCGAUCCUUACAUUUAUAGAGCGACAAUCAGCUCACGCAAUUUCAAAGGCAUUACUCGACAUCCCCAUAUCUGUAGAUGGCUACUUGAUGCCCUGCAACCAAUCCUCACUUUGUCGGGCGACACUAUGCAAUGCUGCUCAAUCUUUCCCGCAUCUCAUAAGCCGGAUGGCAAAUGACUUGGACAGUUUGUCUAUUCCCACGGCGGAUCAAGACAAGACUGCCACCCUCUUUAACAAAUUCUUAAACAUGUGUCUUGAUUUUAAGCCGGACAGGAUGUUCUUUCGCACUCUUUCUGAGCUCGACUCUGUUCUGUCGACAUUUCUUUCCCCCAAUCUCAAAGCGAAUACUGCAAUCGGGGUUGUUAUGCUCACCAGUGCAGAAUUUCGGGAUAUUAUUGCACAGUCCGCUAGACUUAUUCCGCAAUCGAAAGACAAGUGCGUUGUUUUGGAUCUUGGUCAAUCACCGACCUUGAACAUUCCCUCUUCAAUGGGCGUUGUGCAAAAGUUUCCCCUUGACUUAUCUGUUCUUUGCCCUGAUCAGCAAGUUCGCAACGAGCUUAUUGAGAUAAAUUAUCACCAACUGCUCUUCGCGGCUUUGAAGGCGUGCUUGCGGAGCGUUGUUCUGGAGACCAGCCUUGACUCGACGCCUUUGUUUGAGGCAUUCUUGGAGAUGGGGGAAACUGUACAGAUGGGAUAA